ACACAGACUCUGCUGUUGGCUGUGUUCUAUGGAGCUUUGUUUCUAGCUGUUCUCUGACAAAGGGCUUCAUCUGUGCAGCACAUCUUGUCCUCUUUGUUCAGCCUCUGGCUUCAACCACUGAAUCACAAAUACUGUCCAGCUGGGAAUCAGACAAGGGCAGAGAUGAAGAACCCAGAAGCCCAACAGGAUGUUUCAGUUUCCCAGGGAAUUCGCAUGAUGUUUUACAUGAUGAAGCCCAAUGAGACGUCAUUCCGGACCCUAGAAGACGUGCCUAAUUAUGUGCAAAAGGCAACUCCAUUUUUCAUUUCCUUGAUGCUUCUUGAACUGCUUGUCAGCUGGAUUCAUAAAGGGAAGCCACCCGGUCAUUUGGAUGAUGCAUUAACAUCAGUGUCAGCUGGUGUUCUGUCUCGGCUUCCAAGUUUGUUUUUCAAGAGCAUUGAACUGACUAGUUAUAUUUACAUCUGGGAGAACUACAGGCUCUUCAGUCUGCCCUGGGACUCACCGUGGACUUGGUAUUUAACUUUCCUGGGAGUUGACUUUGGCUACUACUGGUUCCACCGCAUGGCUCACGAGGUUAAUAUCAUGUGGGCUGCACACCAAACACACCACAGUUCUGAAGGCUAUAACUUAUCCACAGCUCUGAGACAAUCUGUCUUCCAAAUACAUACUUCCGGGAUAUUCUACUCUCCCCUGGCCCUCUUCAUACCACCUUCAGUAUAUGCUGUUCAUCUUCAGUUUAAUCUUCUCUACCAGUUUUGGAUCCACACAAAGGUUAUCAAUAACCUGGGUCCUUUGGAACUGAUUCUUAAUACUCCUAGCCGCCACAGAGUUCAUCUCGGCAGAAACCGUUAUUGCAUAGACAAAAAUUGUGCUGGUACUCUUAUUAUAUGGGAUAGACUUUUUGGAACAUUUGAGGCAGAAAAUGAAAAAGUUGUAUAUGGUCUAACACAUCCCAUUAAUACAUUUGAACCAUUCAAGGUACAGUUCCACUAUUUAGUUUACAUUUGGACUACAUUCUGGGCCACACCUGGAUUCUUCAAUAAGUUUUCUGUCAUAUUUAAAGGACCAGGAUGGGGUCCAGGUAAACCAAGACUUGGACUAAGUGAAGAAAUCCCAGAGGUCACAGGGAAAGAAGUUCCCUUCUCAUCAGCAGCAUCUCAACUAUUAAGAAUAUAUACAGUUGUGCAGUUUGCUCUGAUGCUGUCAUUUUAUGAAGAGACCUUUGCAGAUAAAGCUGUGCUAUCACAGGUCACUCUCCUUCUGAGGGUUUGCUUCAUUAUCCUGACCUUGACCUCCAUUGGAUUUCUUCUGGAUCAAAGAUCUAAGGCAGCUGUUGUGGAAACUUUCCGUUGUUUGGCGUUCCUAACGCUGUGUAGAUUUGGUCACCUGAAGCCUUUCAUUCCUUCCUUGGCGUUUGCUUCUGAGAUUUUCUUUUCCAUCUGCGUUGCUUUCUGGGGAGUAAGAAGCGUGAAACAACUUGCCUCAGGCCCUUGGAAAUAACUUAAGUUUGUACACAAUUCUCUUAAUCUUUUGUCCACAACCGUAAUACAUUCCUGCUGCCUAUGGAAAUAGAACUCUCUUAUAAAAUGAUUAUAUGAACCAUUUCUUUAAUGAAAGGUAAAUAUAUUUACUCUUGCUUGCUGUCCACACUUAUUAUUCUCUAUUACAAUUAAAAGUCAGCUGCCGUCACUUUCCUGUGUUGCUAGGGUUGAAAGCAAAUGAUUUCAAAUAUAAUGAUGUUAUGUCCAUUGGUAGCAUCUAAACCAAACCAAUGAAUAUGAGAAAAAGAAGGGAGAAAUUUUCAAAACAGUAAAAAGAAUGAAGAUUUCAUUUGCAUUGAUUUGAUCAUUUUUCCUUUGCUGUUGGCUUAAUUUGUGCUUAGAUACAUAGUUGUUGCCAUAAAAGUGUAUCACAUGAGUUAUCUGCCCAAGGUUUUGUUUCCUUUUGAAAAACUUGAACCUAAGGAGUGACAUUACAGACAAUGACAUCACUGAAAUGAAAAUGAACAGAAUUUGUCAGAAUUCGUUUAUUCAACAGAUAAAUUUGUGAUACAUAUGUCUAAUAUGUUUGGUCAGUUUGUUUUGGCAGAUUGAGGAGCAUUCAGUAACUCUGCAUUAUUUUAAAUUGUCACAAUAUUAAUAAGACUCUCUAAAUAAAAUUGCACCAGGCAUUGUGUGUACAUUUUUCAUUGAGGUUGUAAAAAUCUGCCAAGUAUCUCAGUAAGAGGGAACUGACAGAGAUAAGCAGGGAAAGUUUCAAAGGAGGGAGGUCUGAAAACAAUUGGAAUUCUUUUCUUUCCUUCUUCCAAUAUUUCUUAGAUUUAAACUCACAAUUUAAGUAACCAACGUUAUAAGCACUAAAACAAUGGAUGUGAUCCUUCAUGGAGCUUUGUCUAUAUUCAUUGCUGGUUUAAAGAGACUGAGCAGUUGGUUAACUUAUUUUUAAUAUACGCUUCUUAAGCUUUGAACAGAGAAAAGUUGUGGAACUAGUAAAAGAAUCCAUCUGCAGGUGUCUUUGUGAACUCAUGACGCAGAAUUGAAGCACAUUUAUUUUGCAAACUGGAAAAGCAGAGGGAGAUUACAUUUUGCAUGAUGGAAACAUUAGCAAAUUAUAUCUCAAGCGUCAGAAGUAGAGACUUGGCUUUGCUUCAUUCAUCUUUUUAUACUUUCUUAAUUCAACACAGAGUUAGAGCAAAUAUUUGAGCUCAUAGCAAGUAUUAGACCUUACUCUUGUCCCUUACCAACAGUGCUUGCUGGAAUUUGCAUAUAUAGAAUCACUUCAAAGCAGGGAGCCCUCUGCUGGUUUGAAAUUGCUAAAUUUACAGCAGAAUACCCAUAUUCUACAUCCUAAUGACUCUGUCUGUAGGUUACAGUCUUCAAGAACAGUAAUGAAAAGGGAGGUUUCACAAAUCUGAGAGCAGGUUUCUAAUAUGUUAGAACAGUUUAUUGGUUUCCCCACGAGUCAUGUAUAAAGUAUAUGUGCUUGAAUAUAUAUAAUUUUAUAGGAGAGGCCUAAAAGUGAGCUUAAUCGGAAAUAAAGAAUUCAAAACUGAUAAAAUA